AUGGAUGAGUCUCUCCCUAAAUCUCUACGAUCUCCAUAUCCUGAAUUAUCAAAACCUCCUACACAGGAUCGACCUUUGCAUGUCGUAUUGGCAACUACAGGCAGUGUUGCUAGCAUCAAAACUCCUUUGAUCAUAGAACGUCUUCUUUCAUACCCAAAUGUGCGAAUACAAGUCAUUUCAACAAAAGCCAGUCAGCAUUUCUACAACAAAGAGGAUAUCAUAAAAGCUUCAAGCUCAAGCCAUGAUUCUGAAUGGCAGUCGGUGAAAUCAUUAGCAGCCCAGAAUGCAGCUGCACAGGAUGCAAAAGACAAAGAGGAAGAUUACUUUGAUGGUCAUUGCCCUCGCUUACAAUUCUGGGAGGACGAAGAUGAAUGGUCAACAUGGAAGAAUGUCGGGGAUCCCAUUCUACAUAUCGAACUUCGAAGAUGGGCGGAUAUCGUCUUGAUAGCUCCAUGUAGUGCAAAUACCCUGGCCAAGAUCCAUGCCGGAGUCUGUGACGAUCUUCUGACAAGCUUCCUACGUGCGCUUUCACCUUCGACGCCAACCUACUUAUUUCCCGCCAUGAAUACACUGAUGCAUAUGCAUCCUCUGACAGAUGUUCAUGUUCGCUUUGCGAAAGAAACAUUGGGAUACAAUGUACACGGUCCUAUUCAGAAGAAGUUGGCAUGCGGUGAUUUGGGAAAUGGUGCUAUGCUAGAAUGGAGCGAUAUUGUCCAAAUUGUGGUGGACAAAUUCGGUCUGAAUCCAUCUUCGUCAAGGUGA